CAUGCUAGUGAAUUACGAUAGGAUUAUUUGCGCAGUUAUUCCACGGAAAGCAUUUGAGCGUUAGGGGCUAAUGACAGCGCCCGGCUACGGCUAUUGCCUGGCGUAGUAACUGUAUGUCACUGUAUGAAUAUCGGCGGUAGCCCAACCAUGCAGUGCAGAUAGAGUGACAAAACAGCUAAGCUCAGAGGCUAAAAUGUUUAACUCACGCUACUUUUUAUGAUAACCACUGCUGCGAUAGCGUUGGACAUUCUUAGCAUACGUUAGCUCGUAUGUAAAAGUUUGGAUAUGAGACAGUUUCUAUUCCAUUAGCCAGGCUGUUGGAUGUAGUCAACAUUUCUCUAACGGACUGUAGUGCAAGUGAACCAACGUUGAUGUGCCAACAGCAGUGACUGAGUAAACACCCGUCCAACAUACCAGAACAAGAAGGACAGACAAGGAGCGAAAGAGCGUGCAAGGGGAUGUUGACUUAUCCCUCUGACCCACUCCCUCAGAUAGUUUGUCCAAUGGAUGAAGAUGCUAUUCCCCCAAACCGUUUCUGUAGCGCACCUCCCCACAGUGAACCUCCACCACCUCUCCCCCCCUUUUCCUCCAUCACUCCCAGCUGUGCACAUGAUGGAAUAUAUGGACACAGAAGAAGCGACCGCAUUCAAGGGAUCAGAGCACAAACCCCUAAAAAGCAGAGCAACACGGACAGCAGAGCAGCUCAGAAACCAUCCAGGCAGAAUCCCUCCCCCUCAAAGAAGCAAAGCGAGAGGUGGAACAUGGUACAAGCGUCACAGUCCGAGCAGCCAAGAGUUGAAAGCACACAUGAACGUGAGAAACAAAACCAGGAUGGAUUCGGUUUUAGUUUUGCAUCGGAGCAACAAAAUGAGCAAAAGGACCAGAAAAACACACAGAAAAAAACAGAUGUCUCCGCUGCCGAAAAUGUAGUUGAGCAGUCUUUUGACAAUACCACGCAGACUAUUGACGCCUCUAAAUCUGACAUAGAUACGUGCGCUGGAUCAGCUGUUGGACACGCUGUUGAAAGUGCGUCUGCCCCGAUGGGGUGGGUGAUCGGCCCCUUGUUUCAGUCGUUCAAGUCGAAGAUGGCCAGCUUCACCGAGAUAGUGAUGAGUCCUGUUAAACUCUUCAAGGCUAAUAGUCCUCCACCGUCCACGGACCAUCCAGACAAACUCGACGAGUGUGAGCUCGGGGCCGAUGGAACGCCCAGUUUUGAACGCUCGGAGCCAAGCGAUCUGUCUCAUCCAGAAGCACAAAGCGAGAAUGCGAAUCAGGAUGCUAAAGCGAAUCAGGCCUUUCAGCAAAGCCUCAGUGAAGUAGGAGGUGCACAAAAUGCACAAACUGUUGAUAUUAAAUAUUCUAAAAAGUUAUCGUUUGAUGAGGACUUGACAAGCUCUGAGCCGGUCGGUGAAUGUGCAGUAACUGGGAAGGAAGACGUCAUAACUGAUUCUGUGCCUUUGCAACACAGUCCCUUACCCUGCGUCGUUUCGGAGGAAGUUUCAGAAUCCAUUUUCAGGUCCUCCAUACUGUUGCAGCCCUUCGUCAACGCAAGUGCCUCACAUGAAUGCAGGUUAGAGAUAUCCAGUGCCAACGACGAGCAGAAAGGCCGACUGGCUGCCCGGCCGAAGCCACAGCCUAGGAAAUGCACAGCAAACAGAAGGAAGGUCACCUCCAAGGCUUUAACAUCUGAAGUGAGAAAAGAAGAGUCUGACCCAGAGGUUAUGGAUCAGCAGGUUUCUCACAUUCAUUCAGCCAAAUCAAACAAAGCUGACUCGACCGAAAUUGACGAAAUGCUGUCAUUGUCCUCAUCAGGCUGUUUUCAGCCUGAGGAUGGCAGGAAAACAGAGAGUUGCCGCUCAGUUCAUCACAGCCUCCAGAAUAACUUAGAGGACAAUGCUAAUGGAACAACACUGAUGAACCCUGAAACAUAUUCAGCUGCAGGUCUCGGUAGAGCAAAGAGGGAGCUGAAAUUGGACUGCGAUCCCAAAGACUUUGUGAAGCGGAAAAGAUUGACAGUAGAUGCAUCUAGAAAACAGACAAAAAACCAAGAGUUAUUAAAUGUUGCUUCAGAUAGCAGCGUAUUGAGAGGGCAAAAACCACCAAGGAGGGAGGCUGGAUCCACAAAUACCACUGUAGAUGGGAAAGAAGCAUUGAGGCCUGUUAGAACAAGACAGGCUGUUUCAUCAAGAGCAAAUAAGACAGGAAAAGGAGGACAAGAAAUUCUUGCGCCGAUAAGUGAAGCCGUGUUAAACGUAAAGACUGAAAGUUCCUCUGAAGCGAUGUCGGUUUGUACGCUGGACAAAAGCUGUGUUGUGUCGGAGGACAAACCAAAGGACAGCAGCAAGGUGAAGGCCAGCGGUUCCUGCAAAAGACUGAAGACGAGAACAGGUCUCGGUAAACCUGGCGUAAACACUGAUAACAGUAUGGAUCUGGAAACCACCAUUGCAAUCACCUCAACAAAACAAGCCGAGCAGGACGCGUUAUCGGACGUCCUUGUGUGUCCUGAUGUGAAGCAGCUCCAGAUCAAAAGAAAGUGCAGGGACGUCAACAAGAAGCCACUAAAACGGAAAUCGCCAAACCAAGUUAGUUCAGCUGCAGAGUCAGACAGCACUGUGGUCUCUACCUCAUCAGCACUAUCAGAGCCAUUAGGAGCCUCACCCACAGAUUUUAAUGCCUCUCAGCACGUUCACGAAGAGGAGAGCCGGAAAACAGGACUGAAGCAGUCGUCCAAGAGACCCAAAAAGGGCAUUCGAGGUACUGCUUCCGGUGGUCAGGAGACAAAGCAAUGCAUCCACAGCCUUCAUUUGAAAGCCAAAGAAAACCAGUCUCAAGAAGGCAACAGAAUGGACCCUGUGUAUUUUGAAAUGACUCCUUUUGAAAGUAAUCGGCAACCUACUCCAUCACCCUCCCAGCCUCAUUUAGACUGCUAUAUACAAUUAAGUAAUGUCGAACAUUUCGUGCAUGACAAAGAAAAGGAUGCUGCUUCUGUGGAAGAUGAAGCAUUUCCCAGCAUCAGGGUCUCCAAGCUGAGGUCUAGUGCGAGAAGGGUUAAUAUUAAGCCCCGGAGAGCAGACAACCAAAGGAGAAAUUGCAGGGUUUUGCUUGGCAGGACACGCAAAGGUGACGAGGUGUCGAGCUCCAUCACUAUGGAUGAUGCAGACCUGGGCUCAGCAGACACACACUCAGCAGAAAACGGCUUGUCAAGGCGUCUGUUGCGCAGCUACUCUUGCCCGGAGAUCCCCUGCCUUCAGCCCUUCGACGCGCCCUGGACGUCUCUGCAUUUACCGCAUCCCAGCAGGAUCCACACGCCACACCAGCAUCAGUUUUCACACACUCCUCUCGCCCAUCAUGCCCACAAGUCCCUGCGUCGGGCCCGUCGACACACGGUCUGCAGCAUAGAAGUGGAGAGGGAGAUUGCCCCCCUCUGCCUUCGUAAGGAGGUGUACCCAUCCAGAAGAUCUGUCCCGUAUGACGGCGCCAGCCAAAACAUGUCUCCCAGUCUUGCGCUGUCUCCCAGCACUUCCCUCUCAGCUCUCGCCUCCUGUUUUCUUUCCAGCCCCCUGGCUUUCCUUUCAAAGAAAGUUGAGAGCAGAGGAGCUGCUUCGAGCCCCAGCACUGCCAGUCAUGCUUCCUCUCCCACCUCGUCUUCUUCAGUGUACCCACUGAGCCCCUCCUCAUGGCACACUUCAGGAUUCCUCCAGAGAACCGACUCCUCGAGCGCUACCAUGGACUCCAGUAGCAUCGGGGUUCCCUUGGAGUGUGAGAUUGAGAGAAGACAACAGAGUGAAGAGGAGGAUGACGGCGAGAACACAAGUUCCUCCAGUCAGGAGUUUGAAGAUGUUGGCUUGAGAGAAGAAAAGGCUUUGUCUGAUUCUGAAAUCAAGGUCGUGCAGAAGCACGAGGAGCGAGGGAAGGUGUCGUCUAUUAGAAUUCGGAAAACUUUGCCCAAACCUCAGAACAACCUGACACCCAUGGGCCUGCCCAAACCCAUCAGACUGAAAAAGAAGGAGUUUAGUUUGGAGGAGAUUUAUACCAACAAGAAUUUCAGCAAACCCCCUGAAAGCCGGCUGGAGACCAUAUUCGAGGUGCCGCUCAAUCGCCGGAAUGGCUCUGAGUCCUGGUUUGGCCAGAGGCGUCUCAAACGGUUUCUGGAGUUCCUGGAGGUCGGCGAGGCCAGAAAACCAAAGAAGCCGCUUGUUGGCGUCGGAAAGGCGGGUAUUUCGCCUUCCAGGACGAGACGAGGGGGCUUCCCGAAAGACGAACCGUCCCUCAGCGCGCAGGAUGUGGACUCUCUUCUCUGUGCCAAGCUGGAUCAGCUGAAUCUGUGGCUGAUGCACGAUCAGAAGGACAGUUGACAGGUGCCUCCCAAAUGUUAAUUGUUUGGCAGCCAUUAAUAAAACGAAAACAAAACGCUGAGCAGGAUAAUUCCGUUAUUCCGACUAUUUCUGAUGCGAUCUCAGCAUGAAGAUUCACGCGAGUCUUCCAGCCCGUUUUUUUCCAGCACAAACAGAAUAUUAUAGUUGUUGUGACAAGUCCUUACUGAAGAAUUAAAUUUUCCUUCUGUAGCAUUUGUAGUUGAAGAACAGUACAUAACACCAUAAAUGUAUUGCCUCAGAAAAGUCGGGUAAUGUCCUCAUACAGGAAGCGGCUUUUCUUUUUUUAUUUCAUCAUUACUGCACUCAGACGUCUGCCGUCCGCUUUCCAUGUGAAAUAAGUGAAACCACCGUCUGCGAGAGCAAAAGUUGAUGCCCCUGAUUUAAACACGUGUACAGUAUUACAACAUGUUCAGUUUUCAGUUGUAUUCAGUUUUUUUGAAAAUCUCGGACUUUCCAGAGUGUCACACAUCGGCACAACAGCGCUGACUGUUACCCUUUCGAAGCAAGCGAUAAUGCAGAACUCAUCUGGUUCCUUUUGCACUGUCUCAUCUGAAUGAAGCCAUUUUCUCGCAUAGAAGGCGAUCAGUGUAAGUUAAUUUUCAAGGCAGCUAAUGUUGUUGUUUUUUUUCUCUUCUUCUUUUUAAAUCAAACUGAAUUUAAAUUUUACACGUGCCAACGAGAGAUUCCUAUUGGCUGCAAACAAUUUCUCAACCUUUCAAAGUUUCUGCCUACGAAUUUUAUGUACAUUUGCAAGCGGGAUCGUUUUACUGAGCUCAGGGCAGAGGCUGUUCAGUUAUCCAAUCGUUUGUGUGUGUGUAAAGUUAUGGCUGUAGAGGUUUUUAUGUAUAAAAUCUAACCUGGAAACACGACGACACUCCAGAGAGCAUUUCUGAUCAAGAGUGGAGGCGUCAUGACUCCACCACUUUGUUCGUUGUGUUAUCGUCUGUGGUUCCCUCUGGAGUGUUUUGUGGUGUCUCUGUUUGUAUUGCAAAUGUAACGUCUUGAUAAACUGCCUGUGUAUGAUAUAUAUUUUUUUGUGUCUGGCCAAUUUUUUUAUGAGGAUGCCUUAACUGUGAGGUUUUCUGUAAGACUUUUUGUACACGUAUUUGUAUAACGUCAGGACGCUUCAAGCAGCUCAGAGCACAGAAAUUUUACUUGUUUUUAUUAUGAAAUUGUCUCAUUGUUUAUAUGUCUGUAUAAAAGCACCACAUACUGAUACAUCUGACGUUAAUAAAGCUUAACACAGUAACAAUGCAAUAAUGCCAAGUUGACGCUGGCAACAAGAGCAGGAUCUCAUAAUGUUCUGAAGAAGCACUGCCAUCCUGUUUUAUUGGAGUAGAGACCCAAUCCUUAAUGAACAGGUUUACAUUUCUGCUUUCCAGACUGACAGAUGGAGUAAUGUAUGGACGUGUAGUAAUAUCUGCAAGUAUAUACAGCACCUAUACAUGAGUAAUACCAUUUACAGUGCAAAAAUAUUAAGGAUUGGGUCUUGGCUGGGGAAUGACUUUUGUAAACAUUGAUUUUAAAUGUACAUAUGUCAUGUAGUGCCAUGUCUCAGAGUAUAGUUAAUGCUGGAUUUUAUAUGGCCAUUUAGACUUUGAAUUGUGUUCAUAUAUUGUUAAAUAAAUAUUACAGUGUAUUAAAAAAGACAUACAAAA